AUGCAAAUUUCGCCAUUGUAUGAUAUUCAAGAAAAUGCGAACCAAGAACAAGUCAGACUUCACUAUUUAAUGUCAAAGCAGCCAUUGAGGGUCAGAUCUUGAUGUAAGCUUAAUAAAGAAUAUUAUAUUGAUCAUAUAGCUGUUACUUCAUUUCCAGAUACAAAACUACAGCCUUUAUCCUCUACAACAAGAGCAUUUUCUACUAAAAAUAUUCAAGUUUUGGACAAUAAAUCAUAUUCAAAAGGAUUAUUUCCUAAAAUUUCAUUAUUGUCUAAAAGAAAUAAAAAGAUUUCGCACAUAAAAAUUACUUUACCAAAAAUAAAAGAAGCAAAAAAUUACCGGAGCGCAUCUUUGACGACUCCUGAUUUGAAUAUUCAUCAGAUUUAUUCAAAAUUGAUGAAGCCUAAAUCGUUAUAUUUAAAAGGAAAGGAUGAAGAAGCAUAUAGGGCUACAGGAUAA